AUGGAUGAAAUAAAAUGGCUUCCUCUUGAAGCUAAUCCUGAGUUAUUCAAAAAGUAUGCGGAGAUGCUAGGAGCGAAAAAUUUGGUAUUUAAUGACAUCUAUAGUUGUGAUGACCUUGAUUUUGACUAUAUUAAAAAACCAGUAUAUGGCCUGAUUUUAUUAUUUCCAUUAAGCUGCAGAAUUGCUGCUAAACGUUAUAGUGUGACUUCAAAGUACGAAUACAACCCUGAUGAUGUAUGGUUUAUGAAUCAGACCAUACCUAAUGCGUGUGGUACCAUUGCUAUGCUACACCUAUUGCACAAUUUAAAGAAGAAUAAUGCCUCGCAUAAUUCUAUACUUCAAAAAAUGUAUUCAUCUACUUCCUCAUCAGAUCCUUUACUACGUUCGAAAUUUUUGGAAGAUUCAAAGGAUAUUGCAAAUCUACAUGUGUCAUUGGAAACCCAGGGCCAAUCAGAAUCGGUUAAUAUUGCUGAUGUUGAUACACACUUCAUCACCUUUGUCAGCAUCAAAAAUUUGUUAUUUGAACUUGAUGGACAACAAAAUGGUCCAAUUUGCCAUGGCCCUGUGAGUAAUGAUAAUUUUUUGAAGAAAACAGUAGCAAUUAUAAAGGACGAAUUCAUGUCAAUUGACCCCUCUGAAAUGAGAUUCUCGAUGAUUGCAGUUUCGGGUGCAUGA